UAAGCGUUAGGAACAGUCACUUGACAGUAGCGCCGAGUGGAUGGUUGUUGAACGAUUUCUCGAUAUUUCUUCUUUAAUUACGUUUUAUAGAACAAGGUAAUUGUACGCCAUCGUUGAACUAUCUUGCGGAUAGAAAAUAACAAAGAAAUAUAUCUCUAAAUUUGUAUCAGUAUAUUUAUCCCAACGAAAUUACGAAGUUAAACAACGAAGAUGAAGAUUUUGAUCGCGCUUUGCGCGAUCCUUACGGUAUGUACUGCAAGGGUGGCUGUAAUUACUGCUGUAAGUCCAGCAAAUCUUCACCUUUUAGGUGAUCAAGAAUGUACUUGGGGACCUUCAUAUUGGUGUGAAAAUAUUAAAACUGCAGCAGGAUGUAAUGCAACUAAACAUUGUAUAAAAACAGUAUGGGAAGAUUUGCAAGUACCAGAAGAUAAUGACAGUGUUUGUGGUGUUUGUAAAGAUAUGGUUCAGCAAGCUCGUGAUCAAUUAAAUAGCAAUGAAACUCAAGAAGAUAUAAAAGCUGUUUUUGAAGGAAGCUGUAAACUUAUUAAAAUAAAAUUAGUAGUGAAAGAAUGUACAGUAAUUGUAGAUCAGUUUAUCCCAGAGCUUAUUGAAACAUUGUCAUCACAAAUGAAUCCAUCUGUUGUUUGUUCGGUUGCUGGACUUUGUAAUUCUGCUCGUCUAGACGCAUUAUUGGAAGAUGAAUAUUCUGAACGUCAGAUUAAAGGGUUGAAAUCUCGUUCAUUGGAAAAAGAUGAAUUCGAACCAGAUGAAUGUUCAAAAUGUUACACAGUUGCAGCACAUAUGGAACAUAAGCUAAAUAAUACUCCUCGUGAUAAAAUGUUACAACAAACGCUUAAUUUGUGUAGAGAUCUUAGUACCUUUACAGAUACUUGUUCAGCUAUAAUUUUAACUUACUUUGACACAAUAUAUACUCACUUACAAGAAAAUUUCAAUGCUCAAAAUCUUUGUCACUUGUCAGGCCAAUGCAGUGCUAAAUUCCACAACCAUGAAGAUGCUGAUAAAACAUUGAAAGUUGAAAUCAGACCACUUUCAAGUGUGGGUAUGGUUGAUGUAAAUGAUGAUCUUCCAUGUGAAUUAUGUGAGCAGCUUGUAAAACAUUUAAAAGAUGUUCUAGUAGCCAAUACUACACAAAUAGAAUUUGAACAAGUUUUAAAAGGUUUAUGUAAACAAACCAAGUCAUUUUCUACUGAGUGUAUUGCAAUAGUUGAUGAAUAUUCUCCACAAAUAUAUGAUUAUCUCAAACAAGAUUUAGAUGCUAAGUUUGUAUGUCAAAUGGCUGGAAUAUGUGUUGCUCCAUCUAAAGCAUUGCAGAAUGGGCCAAUUUGGCCUUUAGUACCUAAAGAUGCAGCUGAAAUAGGAAUACAUAAUUUCCAAAGUAAAAACAAGAACUUGGUAGGUGAUAAUAAACAACUUAGCGAAUCAGAAGUUGAAGCAAUGCAAUUACCUAUUGAAAGAUUAGUACCAUUUCCUAUAUCAGAAGGUUUGUUAGGUACCGAAGGAACAGAAGUAUGUGCAUUAUGUGAAUAUAUAUUACAUUUCUUACAAGAUGAGGUGACAGAUCCUAAUUCAGAGGACAAAAUAAAAAAGGCAUUAGACGACGUAUGUAAAAAAUUACCAAAAUCUAUAGAAGGACAAUGCACACAAUUUAUAGACCUUUAUGCAGAUGCUCUUGUAGCUAUCCUUAUUCAAGAAAUUGAUCCAUCUAAAGUGUGCCCAAUGUUGCGUCUGUGUCCAGGUGAAGAAUUAAUGAAGUUCUGGGCAAAUGUCCCAGCAAAAUAUAUGCUUGAAGAGAAAAAGGCUAAACCCAAUUGCCCAUUAUGUUUACUUGCUGUAACACAAAUUUAUGAAGUUAUAAAAAAAAACAGGACUCAGGAAAAUAUAGAACAUGAAUUGGAGAAAUUAUGUACCCAUUUUCCACAUAGUUUAUCUGGAGAAUGCUCAGAUUUGGUUAAAAAUUACAGUAAAGAAAUUAUAGAAUUGUUAUUGGCAGAUUUAACACCCCAAGAAGUAUGUGUCUACAUUAAAUUAUGUGAUGCUACAAACAAUCCUAGUCCAAGUGAUGGAUUUAUUACUGACAAAAAUGGUGAAAUUUUAUCUAAUGAGAUACCAAAUACUCCAUUAGACUCUGAUGUAUCAGAGUAUGGAGGAGGUUGUGUUAUGUGUGAAUUUGCUAUGCAUUUCAUUGACAAAGAACUUGGUAAUGAAAAGGGAAAAACUGCAGUUGAAAAAGCAGUACGUGGUGUAUGCAGUCAUUUACCAAAAAGUGUGAAAAAAAAAUGUAACAAUUACGUUAAUAAAUAUGCUGAUAUCGCAAUUGAUAUGAUCACAAAAGAUGUUAGUCCGAAGCAAGUUUGCAGUGUGAUUGGACUCUGUUCAAGUUACAUAGAGGAAAUGAAAGCUUCUGUAACGGAAUGUGCUCUGUGCAAAUCAAUUAUAUCAAUGAUAGAUGAACUUCUAGACAAUCAAAAUGUUGAUGAUAAUAUUAAGAAAGUAGUAUCUAAAGUAUGUAAACAUUUACCAGAAAGCAAGGAAAACAAGUGUACUACUCUUAUUAAUUCUUAUGGGCAAAGUAUAAUAAAUCUCGUCAAACAACGUGAAAAUAUUUAUAAAAUAUGUAGUAAAAUAGGUCUUUGUGCGCCUAAUGAUUAUUCAAUGGUGUACUUAGAAAAUUCACGAAUUAAACGAUCGUAUGAAAAAAAUCGUAUCAAGCAUUGCACAUGGGGACCUGUUUAUUGGUGUUCUACUAAUGAAACAGCUCAUGAAUGUAAGGCUGUUGAGCAUUGCAAAGAAAACGUGUGGAAAGCAGAUUUCGCUCCUCCCAAACAAAUCACUUUAAGUGAGACAGAACCUAACAUUUAAAUUUGUAAUGAAAAAAUAAAAUAAACUGGUUUUCGCAUCUUAA